AUGCGAAAGUCCGAUCUGUAUCAAAACGUAAAUUCAUGGUUCGCCGUGUCCCAGAUUCUUAUUGAGAUCCUGGAAGAACAUACUUUAAACAGUGUCUUCUUGUGUGACAAUAACUCCUUGAAUGCGCCUGGGUUUGCUGUUACCCGGAUCAGACGACGCCAACAAGAUCGACUAGCUGAAGCAUCGUAUUCCUGCAACUGUUGGGUCGAGCACCUCUGUGAUUGUUAUUCUAGUCAGACCGUGCAAAAGGAUAAGGACCUCCAAGACGGAAGUGUAAUUCAGGAUUCCUUAGGGAAAAAGUAUCUUCAACGGCUGGAGGCUCUGAGAGGUGUCUCGGAAGGCGUUUUUUCAAUGUCAAAACUGGAGCAUUAG